ACAAAUGUCAAAGCGCUUGCUGUAUAGCCUCAGUAGAAAUGAAUAAAUUUUUUACUGAAGUGAGGCUAUUUACAAGUGGCGAAUUAUUUUCCGUGAUGAAAUCGGCAUUUUUAUGAUUGCAAUUUUUUGAGCAUUCAUUUGGAAAUUAUUUUUUUGGGUGGAAAUGUUGCGCGGUGUCGUUGGUUUUGUGAAAAAUUAUCCGAAAACAAUUCGCCAUUUUAGUACAACGAGCGUAUCAAUGGUGUUUGAAGAGAAACAGAUUCAGCUGAACUGCAAUAAGAAUACGUAUAAUAUAAAUUAUGUGCGCAGUGGUCAUGGAGAGAAUGCGGUGAUUCUAUUGCCUGGUGCAUUGGGAUCGGCUUUCACCGAUUUCAAGCCACAAAUUGAACAAUUACCGAAAUUACUGCCAAAUUAUACGAUAAUUGCAUGGGAUCCGCCAGGCUAUGGCAAAUCAACACCACCAAAACGUACAUUUCCAUUGGAUUUUUUCCAUCGCGAUGCAUCGGUCGCAAAUACUUUGAUGCAAUCGCUUGAUUUUCAGAAAUAUUCCAUUCUGGGUUGGUCUGACGGUGGUAUUACCGGCAUCAUAAUGGCAGCUAAAUUCAAUGCAUCUAUUGAAAAACUAGUCAUUUGGGGUGCAAACUCACACAUUUUGCCCGAAGAAGUCGAAAUUUAUGAAAGUAUUAGAGAUGUGUCAAAAUGGUCAGCAAAGAUGCGUGAACCGUUGGAGAAAAUGUACGGCGUUGAAUAUUUUCCGCAGCUGUGGUCCGAAUGGAUUGAUGGCAUGAAACAGUUGUACGACAAAAACAAUGGUGAUAUUUGUAAGAACGAUCUAGCCGAAAUCACUGCAAAGACAUUGAUUGUGCACGGGGCCAAAGAUCCAAUGAUAUUACCUCAACAUGUGCCGUUCUUGAGAGAAAACAUCAAAUCAACCGAUUAUUUCGAAUUUCCGAACGGAAAACACAACAUCCACUUGAGGUAUGCGGACGAGUUCAACGAAGUCGUAAUCAAAUUCAUGCUCAACAAAUAAAUUGUUAAAUCUUUUAUCGCGUCGGCACACAAACAUAUAUCGUAUAUAUACGUAUGUCGAACAGUGGAGAUGGUUGUUGUUUGUUUGAUACAAUAUGCAUGAUUCAUAAUGGGUUCUAUUUUGAAAAACAAAAAUAAAAUAAAGUCAACGAUAAAAAAAAGA